AUGAAAAAUGAACAGACUGGAUAUGGUUCGUUCAAGCCCAUGCUCUGGUUUUUCAUCAUCCUCUGGGGAAUUCUCGGCUUCAUUGCAUUAGGUUUCUUCUUCUACCUGAAAUGCGCGGAAUUGCUCAAGACAAAGAAACACUCGACAUCUGCGGUGCAAGGCCACGCUCGCGGUCAAAAGCUCCUAGGCACGCACCAGAACGUCGUAUCAAAUAAUCAUACGCGUGUGGUGUGA